CCCCCCAAUUAUAUUUUCAAAAUAAUCAUCAAAUUUUUCUUUAAUAAACAAAAAUAUGAAGCAAAAUCAAUAAAAACGAAUAUUUAAAGUAGUACUGUGCAAAGAAAGGCAGUGAAACCCAGAGUUCACCCUUUGGAAAAAUCUGAAAAUAUCAAAAGGUGAUUAAAGUUUAAAACUUAACUCCAAAACAAUAGUGUCACAAAAAUUUACCAACAAACCUGUAUUCGCAGAAAAAAAACGCUGGCCACAAAAGCCAAGCACAAGGCAAGAAAAAAAAAUUGCGACAAGUAAAACCAGCUGCAAAUUUCCAAACCAUAACAAAAAAGGAAGUUUUAAAGAAAGUCGUGCUGCCUAGCAAUUAUUGUUGCCGCCUUCGCUGUGUAGUGUAGUUUAGUGUUGUAGAAGUGGACAAAGGCAGGCUGUGGCUAAAAGUCGAGAGCCCCCCUUAGCGCGGUGACUGUUGCGCUUCAAAUUUCCUACAUGAAAUUGUUGGAAUUUUUUGUGCGGAGAAAAGAAAGCGUUUGUCAGUAAAAUCCUAACCUACUCCAACGCCAACGGAAUCAAAUAAAGUGCAAUUCAAUCUUAAUUCAACCUUUCAAAGUAAAAUCAAAAAUCCAAAUAAAAAGUGAUAAAAAAUCUGUGCUAUACAAAAAAAAUACAAAAAAAGAAAAGGAGAAAAAUCCAAAAAAGAAGUGAAGCUAAAGGAAAAUUUACAAAUAUAUUAAAAAAAAAGGAAAAUCUCAAAGAAAUCGAAAUCAAAUAUUUGUGUAAAUCAAAGAGAUCGUGAGAAACCCCCCGUGGUGUUUUCCUCACUUUUUUCUCUUUCACUCUCUAUCUCUCCUUUUUUUUAUUUCCUCCAUCACGUUUUCUUUUUUAAUUCAAAUAUUGUGCUAAGAGGUUUAACGUUAAACUCCUAGCCUUAAGUAACAGUUUCCAUUUUUUUUUUGUUUACUUUUUCGUAACCAACAAGACUCGAAUUUUUUAUUUGAUUUGGAAAUUUUCUCUCUGAAAAAAAAAACCAAAGGAGAAACCCACAAAGAAACGAAAACGUUAAAGCAGGCGUUUGCAUUUUUAUUAAAACGCCAUAAGCGUUUGGUUUGCGCGCGCGAAACGCUUUAAACAAGAUUACAACCAGCCAGCCAUGGAUCCGCCCAUAGGCAAUGGAUACCGGCUGCCAACAAUCUGGAAAGUAACAUCGCCAUCAAACGCAACCACAAUGUGCAAUACGAAAUGCCAAGCAAAACGCAGCAGUGUCGUUGGCCACACCAUCGGUAAUCAAACAGUGUCAUCAAAAUCCCUCUCUAGGAUUAGCAACAACAACAACAACAACAUCACCAUCCAUAACAACAGCAGCACCCACCUUAAGCCCAACAGCAACAACAUCAAAAGAAAAACAACAGCGCCAUCAUUAGCGUCUGAUGUUGGAGGACAAGGAUACCUCCAACCUGGCUCAUCGGCAGCGACAAUGACAACUCGAAUGCGAAUGCGGCAUCGCGUCUGCAAUCUUAGUUUUGUCAUUGCCUUGAUGGCCGUUGUGAUUUUAAAUAAUGUCGGUUGCUUUGUCACCUUAACGGCGCAAGUGGCCGCAGCUGCUUCCGCCCAACGUGAAAAUACGCGCAUUCUACCAUUACAAACAGGUGGCUUAGCCGAUGGCGGUCGCAUCGGUUUCGGUGAUGGCAGCAAUAGUGGCGGCAUUAGCGGCAUUGUCACACCGAAUGUGCCAUGUCCUCCCGGUAUGUAUCGCUGCAAUGAUGGCAAAUGUAUAACAUCACUGUGGGUGUGUAACUAUCAAAAGGAUUGCGAGGGUGGCGAGGAUGAACAACAGUCGUGUCCUCCGCCUGAAUGUGAGGCCGGACAAAUAAACUGCGGCCAAUAUGUAUUUAAUAAAACCUAUUGUAUACCACCGCAUUUCCGUUGCGAUAUGACUGAGGAUUGUGAAGAUAAAUCGGAUGAAGCACAGUGCACUUAUAGAAAAUGUCAAACGACCGAUGUAUUUUGCAAUCAAAUCGGUGGUUUGCCGCCCUCCGAUGGCAGUCGUCUGUCCGGUCCUUGUGUGCCCACGGAAAAACGAUGCGAUGGCUAUUUGGACUGCCGCAAUGGUCGUGAUGAGGAAGGCUGCAAAGGAACUGCCUGUCGCCUGGAUCAGUUUCGCUGUGCCAAUGGCUUAAAGUGUAUUAGUGCUUCGUUGAAGUGCAAUCACAAGGAUGACUGCGGUGAUAAUUCCGAUGAACAAGGAUGCAAUUUUCCACCAUGUCAUCAUGGACAAUUCCGUUGUACGAAUGCUUUGUGCAUACCCUCGAACUUCUAUUGUGACGGCUAUCAUGAUUGUGCCGAUGAGAGUGAUGAGGCCAAUUGUACGGCGAUUGCAUGCCCCGAUAAUAAAUUCCUUUGUCCCCGUGGCGGUGUUAAUGGAACACCAAAGUGUAUAUUGAAAACCCAAUUGUGCGAUGGCAAACGCGACUGUGAGGAUGGCAGCGAUGAGGAGGCAGCUUGUUCCACCACCUCGUGUCCGGCUUUGAGCUGUGAAUACAAAUGUGGUCCUUCGCUCACCGGUGGCAUUUGCUAUUGCCGUCCUGGCCAAUCACUGGCUGCUGACAAUCGCACCUGCGUUGAUUUGGACGAAUGCUCGGAAUGGGGUCAUUGUGAUCAAUUGUGUACAAAUACCGAGGGUUCCUAUUCCUGUGCCUGCACCCAUGGCUAUACUCUGAUUAACAAUGCCAAAUGCAUUGCUCCUGAUGCCAAUAAUCUGCAAUUGAUAUUUGCCCAUGACCGUGCUGUGGUGCGUAUGUCCUCACAUGGCGGAGAUCCUCGCAUAAUAGCAAAUGCCAGCUCUGCCUCUGGCGUUGCGUAUCACUACCAGCGCAACACUUUGUAUUGGUCGGACAUUAAGACGCGUAAGGUGCAGAGUUUGCCUUUGGAUGUGUUUAGCAGUGCCAUACAGCCAUUGGAUUUGACAUUGCCCGGCACCUGGGCUCCCGUGGCCUUGGCUGUCGAUUGGGUGGGUGACAAGAUCUAUGUGGCCGAUUUGGUGGGCCAGAAAAUCGAUGUCUUCGAAUUGAGUGGAAAUUGGCAUGCUGUCGUCUUGGGUUCCAAUCUCACCGGCCCUGCCGACUUGGCUUUGGAUCCCACCGCCGGUUUGAUGUUUGUGGCCGAUGGUGGCCAAGUGUUAAAGGCUCACAUGGAUGGCACCCAUGCUCGUUCUAUAGUCUCCGAGGCUGCCUACAAGGCCAGUGGUGUUACCGUGGACAUUAUUUCAAAGCGAGUAUUUUGGUGUGAUUCCCUGCUGGACUAUAUAGAGACGGUCGACUAUGAGGGCAACCAUCGUGUCAUGGUCUUAAGAGGGCAACAAGUACCCAGUCCCUCACGUUUGGCUUUAUUUGAGAAUCGCAUCUUUUGGACCGAUGCCACCAAACAGGGUAUAAUGUCGGUGGACAAAUAUGCCGGUCCCACUUCCAUACAGGUCACCUAUAAGGCCAAAGAUAUACGCGAGCCCAAGGGUAUUGUGGCUGUACAUGCCCUUAGCCAGCCCAAGGCCUCAAAUCCCUGUGGCGCCAACAAUGGUGGCUGCAAUCACAUGUGUAUUGUCACCGCCGUCAAGGGAGCCAAUCAUCUGGGCUAUCGCUGUGCCUGUCACACCGGCUAUCAACUGCAAUCGGAUUUGAAGAAUUGCAAGAUUGUCAAAGAAUUCCUUAUGUACUCCCAGCAGCGUUUCAUAAAGGGCAAGGUUUUGGAACCCGUCAUUGAGGGCUUCAGUGAUGCCAUUUUGCCAGUGGUUUCGCGCAGAGCUCGUUUUGUGGGCCUGGAUUUUGAUGCCCGCGAUGAAUUCAUCUACUACUCGGAUGUCUUGCAAGAUGUCAUCUAUCGAGUGCAUCGCAAUGGCACUGGUCGCGAAAUAGUUUUGGCCUCCCAAAACGAGGGAGUUGAGGGUUUGGCUGUGGACUGGGUCUCCAAGAAUCUCUACUACAUAGACUCGCGCAAAGGUACUUUAAAUGUGCUCUCCACCCGCAAUGUCACCCAUCGCCGUACUUUGUUGAAGAAUCUCAAGAGGCCGCGUGCUAUUGUGGUGCAUCCCAAUAAGGGUUACAUCUUCUUCUCGGAAUGGGAUCGCCCGGCCAACAUAACCCGCGCCAAUACGGAUGGCUCCGACCUGGUGGUCUUCAAAAAUGUCACUCUCGGCUGGCCCAAUGGACUCUCCAUUGACUUCAAAGAGGAUCGUGUCUAUUGGUGUGAUGCUUUGCUGGAUCAUGUGCAACAUUCCAAAUUGGAUGGCAGUGAUAUUAGAACCGUCAACUCGAGACUCGUCAGACAUCCCUUCUCCAUUGUGAUACACAAUGAUUGGAUGUACAUAACCGAUUGGCGUUUGGAUGCCAUUAUACGUCUGCACAAACUUACCGGCGAACAGGAGGAGAUGAUGGUGCGAGAACCUCAGACAAAUCGUUUGUAUGGCGUUAAGGUCUACUCACAUGAUGUGCAAACCGUGUCGGAUACCCAACCCUGUCACUAUGACAAUGGCAAGUGUCAGAAGAUUUGCUUUGCGGUGCCACAAAAUGACACUGGCAAGCUGUUGGCCAAAUGUUCGUGUCCCUAUGGCGAGCGUUUGGCAGAUGAUCAGGUCUCCUGUGUGGUGGAUGAAAGUGCCGAGCCCCCAGUGCAGCCCUGCCCCAACUCCUGGGAUUUUACCUGCAACAAUCAGCGGUGCAUACCCAAGUCCUGGGUGUGUGAUGGCGAUGAUGAUUGUCUGGACAACAGUGAUGAGGAGCAGAAUUGCACCAAACCCACUUGCGGCUCCAAUGAAUUCCAAUGCAAAUCCGGCCGCUGUAUCCCCCUGAACUUCCGCUGCGAUCAGGAGAACGAUUGUGGCGAUAACUCCGAUGAAUUUGAGUGCGGCAAUGUCACCUGCGGCACUGCCCAAUUCGCCUGUGCCAAUGGUCGCUGCAUACCCAACAUGUGGAAGUGCGACAGCGAAAAUGAUUGCGGUGAUGGUUCCGAUGAGGGCGACUUCUGUGCAGAAAAGACCUGUGCCUACUUCCAGUUCACCUGUCCCCGUACCGGCCACUGUAUACCCCAAAGCUGGGUGUGCGACGGCGAUGACGAUUGCUUUGAUAAGCAGGAUGAAAAAGAUUGCCCUCCCAUCACCUGCUUGGCCAAUCAAUUCAAGUGCGCAGAUUUACGGCAAUGUGUGGAGGAGUCCUAUAAAUGUGAUGGCAUACCCGAUUGUAAUGAUGGCAGCGAUGAGCUGGGCUGUCCCUCCAUGGGCCCCAAUCAAUGCAAUUUGGAGAAACAUUUCCGCUGCAAGACUUCUGGUUUUUGUAUACCCAUUGCCUGGCAUUGUGAUGGCUCCAACGAUUGCUCCGACCACUCGGAUGAAGAGGAUUGUGGUCAAAUAACCUGUGCCCCCAAUUUCUUCAAGUGCAACAACACCAAUUGUGUCUUCAAGGCCUACAUAUGCGACGGCAAAGAUGAUUGCGGCGAUGGCUCGGAUGAAAGUGCCCUGCAUGCUUGUGUGCCUCCACCCUUCAAGUGUCCCCAUGGUCAAUGGCAGUGUCCUGGAGUAACAAAUCGUUGUGUCAAUACCACCUCAGUGUGUGACGGUACCCCGGACUGUCCCAAUGGUGCGGAUGAGGGUGAGGGUUGUGAUUUGGCCGAAUGUGAUCAUCAAUCGGGUCUGUGCUCCAAUGGCUGCCAGAAGACGCCACAAGGUGCCACCUGCGUUUGUCCUCCAGGUUCGGAAAUUGGCGAAGAUCGUUACACUUGUGUGGACACCAAUGAGUGCGACCCUCCCGGCCUGUGUUCCCAAAUGUGUACCAAUACCAAGGGUUCCUACUUCUGUUCCUGUACCGAUGGCUAUAUUUUGGCUCCCGAUAAGCAUCACUGCAAGGCGGUCAAUCACACGGCAGCCUUUUUGAUCAUCUCCAAUCGCCAUUCCAUCUUGGUGGCCGACCUCAAGGAUCAGGGCUUAGAACGUGUGCCCAUCUAUGUGGAGAAUGUGGUGGCCACCGCCUCCAACAUGCACAGUGGCACCAUCUUCUGGAGUGACAUGAAGCUAAAGAAAAUCUCCCGUUUGGACCGAGGCUCAGAGCCGCAAGAAAUCAUUACCACCGGCCUGGAUUUGGUGGAGGGUUUGGCCUACGAUUGGAUAGCCAAAAAUCUCUAUUGGCUGGACAGCAAAUUGAACACCAUUGAAGUGUCCGCGGAGAAUGGCUCGAAUCGUUUGGUUUUGGUGCGCGAAAAUAUUACCCAGCCUCGAGGCAUGUGCAUAGAUCCCAGCCCUGGGGCGCGUUUCAUAUUCUGGACUGAUUGGGGUGAGAAUCCACGCAUUGAACGCAUUGGCAUGGAUGGCACUAUGCGAGAGACGAUUAUCAAUACGAAAAUCUAUUGGCCCAAUGGCCUGACUUUGGACACCGCCACCAAGAGGGUCUACUUUGCCGACUCUAAGCUGGACUUUAUUGAUUUUUGUUACUACAACGGCACCGGUAGACAGCAGGUUUUGGCCGGCAGCCACUAUCUACUGCACCCGCACUCUUUGUCUUUGUUCGAGGAUACCCUGUACUGGACCGAUAGACAGCUGAAUCGUGUGUUGUCUGCCAAUAAGUUUAGGGGACACAAUCAAACAGUCGUGUCCCAUCUGAUUAGUCAGCCUUUGUCCAUACAUGUGCACCAUCCCUCGUUGCAGCCCAUGCAUCCCAAUCCCUGUGAGAAUUCCAAAUGUCAACAUUUGUGCCUGCUCAGUCCCUCGACCAGUGAGGGCUAUUCGUGUAAGUGCAAGCCCGGCUAUCGUCUGCUCAGCGAGGGUCGUUGUGUGGAGGAGGAGAAUCCUUUCCUUAUGGUUGUCAAAGGUACCCAGAUUGUGGAUAUACCCCUGAAUGGUGGAGAUGCCAGGGCUGGCUCCUUGGCCCCGGUCAUAGGCAUUGAAAGCAGCACCGGCUUGGACUUUGAUCGUAAGGGCGAGACCUUGUAUUGGAUCCAAGGACGCGAAGAUGAUGAUGAGAACUGCACCAUCUUCACCACUCCCUAUGGCGGAGGCAAUAAAACUCAAUUCCUCGGCUUGGAUAGCGGCAUUGUGGGAGCCCCCUACACCAUUGCCUUCGAUUGGCUGGGCCGUAAUCUGUAUAUGGGCAAUCGCAUUGCCAGCAACAUUGAGUUGGUGCGAGUGGAUGGCAAAAUCAAAUAUCGCACAAUUAUUUUGGCCAAUGAUGGCAAUCGCACCUCCGUGUCAAAGCCCAAACAACUUGUGCUCGAUCCCAAUGAGGGUAAACUUUUCUGGAUUGAUGAGGGAGGCUUUGGUGUGCCAGUGAAAAUUGCCCGCGUCAACAUGAAUGGUCAUAAUCCGGUGGUGCUGAAGGAAGAUGUCGAUCGCCCCGAGAGUAUCACCCUGGACAUUGAUAAGAAACUGGUUUACUAUUCCACCCAACAUCCGGCCACCAUUUGUGUCAUGGACUACAAUGGCGAUGACUUCCGCACUCUGCUCACCGAGGAAAAUGCCAUUUCGAAACCUCGCAGUUUGGGUGUGCUGGAUUCGCGUCUCUACUUCCUGGAUCCUGCCUAUGAGAACAUUGUACGUGUCGAUUUGCCACGCGGCGACAAUCCCAAGACCAUUGUGGACAAUGAGCCGGAACUCAAGAGCAUGAUGAUCUAUAAAAAGCGUCCCAUGAUGCAACAUCCCUGCCAGAACGGCAAUGGUGGCUGUGAGCAUAUCUGCAUACCCGAUGAGGGUGCCUCUCGCUCCUGUGCCUGCGGCAUAGGCUACCGCAAAGAGAACGACAUCAACUGUUUGGCCUACAAGACCUUUGCAGUGGUCUCCCAACUCGAUGUCACCCGUGGCUACAGUCUCUCCGAUAGCUCCGAGGCCAUGGUGCCCAUCAGCGGCACCGGCCAUCACAUCUUGCAUGUGGAUGUGCUCUUCCGCGAACAAUGGAUCUACUGGGCCGAAUACAAUCGCGGCUACUGGAGCGGCAUUUUCCGCACCCGCCCCAAUGGCACAGAACUGGAACACAUCAUCAAAGAUGGCAUUGGCAGUAAUGGCAUUCGAGGUCUUACCAUUGACUGGGUGGCUGGAAAUAUGUACUUCACCAAUGUCUAUCCCCACGAGAACUACGUCGAGGUCUGCUGGUUGGAUGGCAGUCACCGCAAGGUUUUGGUCAAGACCACCAACGAUGCCCCGCGCGAGCUGGCUGUUAAUCCCAUCAAACGUUUGCUCUACUGGAUCGAUUAUGGCCAAUAUCCACGCAUUGGCAAGGCCUACUUGGAUGGCAGCAAAUGGACGCCAGUGGUUACCUCGGGCAUAUCCAAUCCUCGCGAUUUGACGGUGGAUAUGCUGACGCAUGAUGUCUAUUGGGUAGACUCAAAACUGGAUACCAUACAAAAGAUUUCCUAUUCGGGAGGCAAUAGGCAGAUUAUUCGACGCAAUCUACCCAAUCCCAUGGGCAUAGCCAUCCACUUGGGUGAUGUCUACUGGGUGGAUCGCAAUCUGAUGACUGUGUUUAAGUCUUCAAAACUGCCUGGUAAUUCUUCGCUGCCCACCAAGGUGAGGACGAAUCUGGCCAAACUGCGCGACAUAGCCAUCUACAGCAUUAACAAUCAGCCCCAGGACGAAAGCAAUCCCUGCACCCGCUUGGGUAAUGGAGGCUGUGACCAACUCUGCUUCAGCUUCCCCGUGGACAAUGCCAACCCCUCCAACCUCAACUAUCGCUGCGAAUGUGCCACCGGUAAGCUGGCCGCCGAUAAACGCAAAUGUGAAACCGUCAAUGAGUAUCUGGUCUUUGCCACCCGCACCGAAAUCCGAGCCGUUAAUCUGGACCCCCGCUCCACCCAGAUACCCUUCACGCCCAUGACCAAUCUCACCAAUGUGGUGGGCCUGGACUUUGACUAUCACGACAAUCACAUGUUCUACACUCAAAUCCGUCCAUGGGCUAAGAUUGCCUACACCAAUGCCGAUAAACCUUCUGUGGACAGUGUGAAAGUCGUGCUGAGCAAGGGCAUUAAUCCCGAGGGCAUAUCCUACGAUUGGACCCAAAACAAGGUCUACUGGACUGAUAGCUCCAACAAUUCUAUAUAUGCCAUGAAUUUGGAUGGCAGUGACCUGGUGAUGAUUGCCCGUGUGGAAAGACCCAGAGCCAUAGUGUUGGAUCCCUGCAAUGGCACCCUGUACUUUACCGACUGGGGCAGAUUUGGCACUUCGGGCAAAAUCUUCAAGACCACCAUGGCUGGCUCGUUGAAGCGUGCCAUAGUGGAUAAGGAUUUGUCUCAACCCAGUGGUUUGGCCAUUGACUAUGACGAGCGUAAAUUGUACUGGACCGAUGCAGUGAGAGAGAAGAUUGAGCGUUCCGACUUGGAUGGUAAGAAUCGUGAACUCCUGGUGGCCGCCACCAUAUAUCCCUUCUCCAUUACGGUGUUCCGCAACUACAUCUACUGGACCGAUUUGCAAUUGAGAGGUGUCUACAGGGCGGAGAAGCAUACGGGAGCCAACAUGAUUGAGAUGGUUAAGCGUCUGGAAGAUUCUCCGCGCGACAUCAGGGUCUACAGUGCUGAGCGCCAGAAGUGCAGCGUCAAUCCUUGUCUCAUCAAUAAUGGUGGGUGUGCUCAAUCCUGCCACCCGGCACCCAAUGGCAAGGCUGAAUGCAAAUGCGAUGACAACUCCAAGGUGGUCAACGAGGGACGCAUGUGUGCUCCACGCAACAACACCUGCGAGGCUAGCAAAUUCUAUUGCCAAAAUGGCAAAUGCAUAUCACGCAUGUGGUCCUGCGAUGGUGACGAUGAUUGUGGCGAUAACUCCGAUGAAGAUCCCAACUACUGCGCCUAUCACUCCUGCUCGCCCAAUGAGUUCCGUUGCAACAAUGGCCGCUGCAUAUUCAAGAGCUGGAAAUGUGAUCACGAAAAUGACUGCAAAGAUGGGUCCGACGAAGUGGACUGCACCUAUCCUCCCUGUGUGGAUGGUGAAUUCACUUGCGGCAAUGGUCGCUGUAUACCCAUGUCUCAGGUGUGCAAUGGUGUAAAUGAUUGCAAGGACAAUGCCACCUCGGAUGAGACCCACGAAAGGUGCCCCACCAACACCACCUGCCCCGCCAAUCAUUUGAAAUGUGAGAAGACCAAUAUUUGUGUGGAACCCUAUUGGCUUUGUGAUGGUGACAAUGACUGCGGCGACAACUCCGAUGAAGAUCCUUUGCAUUGUGGCCAGAGAACUUGCCCCGCCAAUAGUUUCCGUUGUCCCAAUCAUCGUUGCAUACCAGCCACCUGGUAUUGUGAUGGCGAUGAUGAUUGUGGUGAUGGCGCCGACGAGCCUCCAGAGUAUUGCAAAUCCGAGGGUAGGACCUGCUUUGGCGACCUAUUCACUUGUGACAAUGGCAAUUGUAUACCCAGAAUUUACAUCUGUGAUGGUGACAAUGAUUGCUUGGAUAAUUCCGAUGAGGACAGCCGCCAUCAAUGCAAUGAACGUAAAUGUGAUGAAGAAACCGAAUUUACUUGUGUGGAGAACAAGUCCUGGGGACGUGCUCAAUGUAUACCCAAGAAAUGGAUAUGUGACGGGGAUCCCGAUUGUGUGGAUGGUGCCGAUGAAAAUGUUACCCUACACAAUUGUGCCACCCAGCAACCUUGUGGCGAUGAAAUGUACACCUGCGGCAAUGGCAGAUGUAUUAAUAAGGGCUGGGUUUGUGAUCAUGACAACGAUUGCGGCGAUGGCUCCGAUGAAGGCAAAUUCUGUAAUUCCAAAUACAAAACCUGCUCUGCUACUGAAUUCACUUGCCAAAAUUUCAAAUGUAUACGCAAUCAAUAUCGUUGUGAUGGUGAAGACGAUUGUGGUGAUCACUCGGAUGAGGUUGACUGUAAAAAGGAUAAUUCCACUUGUGCCACCGGCCAGUUUGCUUGCGCCAAUGGUCAAUGCAUUGACAUGUCUUUGGUGUGUAAUAAGGUUUCCGAUUGUACCGAUGAUUCUGAUGAACCGGCUCAUUGUAACGUGGAUGAGUGUGCCAAGGUGGAAAUCAAUCAAUGUGGUCACAAGUGUGUGGAUACACCGACAAGCUACUAUUGCGAUUGUAAUCAGGGUUACAAACUCUUAGCCGAUGGCAAAGCCUGCGCCGAUAUUGAUGAAUGUAUCGAACUACCUGGUGCAUGUUCACAACACUGUUCCAAUACACCUGGAAGUUUCUAUUGUAAGUGUGAUGAACGCUACUACGAACGUCAGUUGGAUGAGCAUACGUGCAAACGCAAAGACAAUACCUCGGCAUGGCUAAUCUUCACCAACAAAUACUAUGUGCGCAAUAUGUCAAUAGAUGGACACCAAUACAAUCUGAUGCAUCAGGACCUGAUGAAUGUUGUGGCCUUGGACUUUGAUAUUAAGGAUGAGCACAUGUACUUCUGUGAUGUCACCGCCAAGACGAUAUUCCGUUCUAAGUAUACAGAUGCCAGCGAGAAACCCACCAGAGAAGCUGUUAUACGUCACGACUCUCAUGGUCUGGAAGGCAUUGCCAUUGAUUGGGUGGGACGUAAGCUGUAUUGGUUGGAUCGACAUUCGAAGAAUCUCGAUGUGGCCGAAUUGGAUGGCACAAAACGUAAAACUUUGCGCAGCGGUGUUGUAGAUCCUCGAGCUAUUGUGGUGCAUCCGGGCAUAGGUUUUCUGUAUUUCACAUCGUGGCAUUUACAGGCCUACAUUGCCAAAAUGGGUAUGGAUGGCUCAAACUUUACACGCAUUCUCACCUGGGAAGAUGACAUAGCCUGGCCCAAUGCCUUGGCUAUUGACUAUUUUACUGAUCGCAUUUAUUGGGCCGAUGCUCAUUUGGAUUAUAUAGCCUAUGCUGAUUUGGAGGGACGUCACCGUCAUAUUGUCUUGUCCGGUGCCAAGGUGCCACAUGUAUUUGCCAUCUCCCUGUUCGAUGAUCAUUUGUAUUGGAGUGAUUGGAAUUUGAAGGCCAUUGCCAGGGCCAAUAAAUUCACCGGUGCUAACUUUACUGUGCUGCGCAAUACCACCCAUCGUCCCUAUGACAUUCACAUCAACCAUCCCUUGCGUCAGGUGCCCUACAAUAAUCCCUGUGGCUCAAACAAUGGUGGUUGCUCCCAUCUCUGCUUGAUUUCUCCUCCGCCAGAGUCAACGUAUCUCAACAUUGAGGGCUAUAUCGAAGAAGGUGCUCCCAGCUACAAGUGUGCUUGCCCCAAUCAAUUCUAUUUGGCUCGUGACAGCAAGACCUGCAUUGCCAAUUGCACCACUGGUCAACAUCGAUGUGGAGGUGAUGACGAAAAGUGUAUUCCAUGGUUCUGGAAAUGUGAUGGUGAAAAGGAUUGCAAGGAUGGUUCAGAUGAGCCCACCACCUGUCCGCAGCGUCAUUGCCGUGCCGGCACCUUCCAAUGUAAGAACACCAAUUGCACUCCUUCGGCCACCAUUUGCGAUGGCAUCGAUGAUUGCGGUGAUAACUCGGAUGAACAAAACUGUGAUCUGCCUUGUCCCGAUUCCGACUUCAAGUGUAAAUCCAGCGGUCGUUGUAUUUUGGACAGUUGGCGCUGUGACGGUGAUGCUGACUGCAAAGAUGGCUCCGAUGAAGAUCCAGCGGUGUGCCAUAAACGAACUUGUGAUCCCGAUACCGAAUUUAGCUGCAAGAAUGGCCGCUGCAUUCCCAAGUUAUGGAUGUGCGAUUUCGACAAUGAUUGUGGUGAUGAUUCCGAUGAGCCUGCCUACAUGUGCCGCCAACGCAAUUGCACCACCGGCUGGCAAAGAUGUCCUGGACAAUCCAACUACCGUUGCAUACCCAAGUGGCUGUUCUGUGAUGGCAAAGACGAUUGCCGCGACAACAGCGAUGAGCUGCCGGAGAAUUGUCCCUCUUGCAAUGCAGAGACGGAUUUCAAAUGUGGCAACAACAGAUGCAUACCAAAACAAUGGAUGUGCGACUUUGCCGAUGAUUGCGGUGAUGGCUCCGAUGAGAAUGAUGCCAUUUGUAAGGGCAAAUACCGCGAAUGCUCUGAAUCGGAAUUCCGUUGCGGCAAUGGCAAAUGCAUAUCUUCCCGUUGGCAAUGUGAUCACGAAGACGAUUGCGGUGAUAACUCUGAUGAGCUGAACUGCGAGGGCUUCCAAUGCAAGAAUGGCACCUUCCAGUGUGCCUCAGGCCAUUGUAUAGCCUCUUACUUCCGUUGUGAUGGUGACCGCGAUUGCCGUGAUAUGUCCGAUGAGAUGGGUUGUCCCCCACGCUUCCCCGGAGGCCGCUACUGUCCCGAAUCCCGCUUCCAGUGCAGCAAUAAUCUAUGCGUCUCCCCCUCGGAUCUGUGUGAUGGCACCGACGACUGUGGUGAUGGAUCCGACGAAGAUCCCAAGGUCUGUUCCGACUUCAAUUGUGAUACCCUGCGUAGAUUCCAAUGUGAUAAUCAUCGUUGUGUGGCUCGUUAUCAAAUCUGUGAUGGUGUGGAUAAUUGUGGUGAUGGCUCCGAUGAGAACAACAUGACCAUAUGUGCCUCCAAGGUCAAGCCCUGCGAUCUCUACACCCAAUAUCAAUGUGCCAACAAGAACUGUAUAGAGAGGGCCCAAGUUUGUGACUACUCUGAUGACUGUGGCGAUGCUUCGGAUGAAUUGGGUUGCCAUCAUAACAUGAGUUGCUUGGAUGACACUCGAGGUGGUUGCCAACAUCAUUGCCAUAAUCUUACCGAUGGUGGCUACAUAUGUGCCUGUUAUCCUGGCUAUAUCAUCUCGCAGGAUAACAAAAAGAAAUGUGUGGAUGUCGAUGAGUGUGCCACACGCCAGCAUACCUGCUCGCAUCAAUGUCAGAAUCUCAAUGGCACCUAUUCGUGCUCGUGUCGCGAAGGCUUCCGUUUGGUUGAUAGUUCCUCGGGUGUUUGCAAGGCCGACAAGGACGAUGUGGUGGUGAUAUUCUCUAAUGGUCCUGAGAUAAGAGCUUUGGAUCUGCAAAAGAAGGAGGAAUUCGAUGUGAUAUUGUCGGAGAAACGUAUAGAGGCCUUGGAUUAUCAUGCCGAGCAACAGAUUGUCUUCUGGGCCGAUAGCUAUGACAAGACCAUUAAACGCUCGUACAUGGUUAAUGCCGUCGAUGGUCAGGCACGCAUAGGUUUUGCCCAGGAUUUGAAUAUGAAGGGAGGUUCGAAGCCCACAGCUGUGGCGGUGGAUUGGUUGGCCAAUAAUCUAUACUGGGCUGAAGUUGACAGGACAGGUUCGAAACCUCGUGGUCGUGUUAUGGUGGCCACCACAGAUGGUCGUUACAGAAGAUCCAUUGUUAAUGCUGGCCUAGAGGUGCCCACCUCCAUUGCUGUCAAUCCACAAUUGGGUCGCAUUUACUGGUCUGAUGCAGGUUCUGCACCCAAAAUUGAGGUGUCCUGGAUGGAUGGCUCCAAACGGCGUCCCGUUAUUACCGAGGCCAUACGCCACCCCGCCGGUUUGACCAUUGACUAUGCCCAAGACCAUGUCAUCUAUUGGGUCGAUACAAAAUUGAAUGCCAUUGAGUCCAUGAAACCAGACGGCUCUGGCCGCAAGACCAUUGUAAAGAGUGAUCAGCUGAGACACCCUGUGUCACUGGAUAUCUUCGAGUCCAAUAUGUAUUGGGUCACACGUGACACUGGCGAACUAUUGAGACAGGAUAAAUUUGGUCGAGGUGUUCAAGUGGCUGUGCAUCGUAAUCUCGUCAAUCCUUCUGGCCUUAAAAUCUAUCAUGAGAAGCGUUAUAAUACCUCUCUAAAGGAUCCCUGCUAUGGUUCAAGUUGCUCCCAUUUGUGUCUUUUGGUGCCUGGUGGCCAUCGUUGUGCCUGCCCUGAUAGUUCGGGAGCAUUACCCUCACAUCGCAGCACCAUGGAAGUGAUUUGUGAUGCUGCCGCAGAAAGGCCAAGACCAUCGCCCCGCAUAUGCCCUUGCCAGAAUGGUGGUUUCUGUGUAGAGGAUAACAAUGGCGAGUUGAUGUGUGAGUGUUUGGGUGACUUCAAGGGCGAUCAUUGUGAGCAAAAUGCCGCUGGCAUGUUUGGCCAUGGUGGUGCUAAUGUAACGGCUGUAGUGGUGCCCAUUAUGGUGAUUCUAUUGGUGCUUUUGGCCGCUGGUGGUGUUUGGUUUGUGAUACGCAAAAAGCCAUUUGGAAAAUUGGCUCGUUUGCCUACAUUAACCUCAUCGCAAAGUGUUACCUUCCGCCAAGGCACAAAUGUUGAGUUCAAUGCUCCUGGCUUCCCAGGACCUAAUGCGCCAGUUGGUACCACAACGGGCGAUGUUGCUCCAUUGGAAGGUUACAAUUUACAAACGGUAAAUACGGGUAAGACCCGUGAUUUCUCCAAUCCCAUGUACGAUGCCGUACAAUCGGGUGCAACAGAUCCAAGCAUAAGCAAUGGAUCAGGAAUUUAUGAAGUGCCACACGAUCCCUCCAAAAUUAAACCCAUCGGUCCAUUUACGGAACCUGUAUCAGCCAUUUUAGCACCUAGCAGUAUAACGCACAAAUCCUCACCCCAAUUACAAUUAAGAACCCGCGAAUUAGAUCCAUCCGCCGACAAUGGCAAAGAUACCCAGUAUUUGGUGGAAGAAGAUAAGUCUGAAUGCUGAUAUAAACCCUAACAUCAGAUUUUAGCUACGGCAACAACAAUAACACUAACAACCUGUGGAACAACUACGAUAAAGAGAACAAAUUUAAAUUUAAUUUAACACUCCACCACCACCACUACCACCAACCACACAGCAACAAAACACACCAAUCACAAAUACAACAACAACAACAAAAACAAAUCAUCACAGCAUUGCGUGAUGUAAAUAAAACGAAAAUUUAGAAAACUUCAAAACCAACCAAGAAACAAGCAACAACAAAAACAUACCUACACAUACACACACACAGAGAAAACAAGAAACUAUAUAAAUUAUUUAUAUAUACAUACUUUUUAUAUAAAUAUAUAGCUAUGUAAGCAUACAUAAGGAAAGGAAAAACUAAAAAAUGGAAAACAAACAAACAUGUAAAGAAAAAAAAACACAGAAAAAGACAAAGGACAAGAAAAAAACAAAAAAUCCAAAAACAUAUCUUUGAUGUAUAACAGCAGAACAAAAACAAAGCAAACAAGACAAAAACUCAAUUGAACUUAACGGUUAAGUUUGAAAACAUACACAAAACAAAAGCAAAACCCAACACACCAACACACACUCUCCACACCACCGCCUAUGCGUUGAUGCCUAAACAAAAUACAACACUGUACAGAGGUGAGGUGAGGUGAGUAAAUGAAUGCAACCCAAUUGAGCGCUGUAGUUUCAAUGUGUGGUGAUUUUUUCUUCUUUUGUAUAAACACAACGGUUAAAAUUGGGAAGCGAAUUCAAAUGUUUAUUUAUAUAUAUAUAUAAAAAAAAAAUGGAAAAAGACAAUAUUUAAACAAAAAAAAAGCAAAAUUUGUGUAUUUUGUAAAAACAAGACAAAAGCUAAGCAGAAAAACAAAAAUCUUUCAAGCUAUAGAACAAAAAACCUAAAAUAAAAUCUAUGUAAAAACGAAAAACAAAAACUAAAUGGAAAAAAGAAAUAGUUUUCUAAAUAUUUUAUAUAUUUUUUAUAAAAAAACAAAAACAAAUGCAGCAAGCAAAAAAAGCCCAAAACAAAAAAUCUACUACAAACAACCAGAAAACUAGAACAAAAAUGUAAGAAGCCUAGCAAGAUUAUAAAAGUUAAAAACAAAUUAUUUGUUUAAAAAAUUUUUGUUUUUUUUCAAUGCCUUUUUAAACAGAUAUUGUUUCUAAGCCAGCAUAAAAUUAGGUAUUUACACCACAUUAUCAAUCUAUUGAGAAAAAUAUAGCUUUUUCGGAAAAUCCAAUUUCUGUUACAAUUUAGAACAAUAAAAGUUUUGUAUUUAGAACCCUCAAUUUUAAAAAUUUAAAAGUACCUGUGUAAUGUACAAUGGGAUUUAAGAGAGACAGGAGAUAUUUUUGGCAUUUUACAUUAAAAAACAAAAAUAACUUUCUUAAAAAAACAAUUUUUUUGCAAAUUUUUUAAAGAAUCUAAUCGACAUUUAUAUUUUCUACAAAUAGCAAAUUUUAUAAAAAUUUACUAUAAUUGGUAAAUUUUGUUAAAAAAAUAUUUCGGCAUAGUUUGAAAAUUUUUUCUGCUACACCCAAACAUCACAUUUUCAAUGACAUCACAUUUACUUUCAUGGGAAUAUGCCAAACUUCAUUAUUCCCUAAAAAAACCAAAUUUUUAAAAACCCUUCCUUUUAAGCCCAGAUACAUUACGCAGUUGUUAAAAAAAAAAUAUUUACAAAAUUGGGUUUGUUGUUUCUUUUUUAAUUUACCCUCUAUGUAUGUUAGUCUGAAGGAAACUGUUUUGAUACUUUUUCUAUUAUUUGUUUUCAAAAAAAAAUCCAUAAAAAUUGUUUUCAAGUUGUGAAUUAUACAUAAAAAACAUACACAAACUUUUAUUUACCAUUAAAACCCCAAAAAACAAGAACAAAAAAUUAUAUCAAAAAUAUUUUACAUAAUAUUUUUUUGUAUGUGUCUUAUUAAGUUUUUUUUUAAAACUUUUUAUUAAGUUUGUAUUUGUAAUAUCUCUUUAAACAAAACAAAAAAAAAACGUAAAAGAAAGCAUUCCUUUAAUAUUUUUAUUUACAUAGUAUUUUUUUUGUUUUUAUUAUAAUUAUUAUGCUAUAACGGUAAUUAUUAUUUUAUGUCUUUAUUUUUAAUAAAAUUAAAACGUCAAACAUCACUUGGAGGAGAGAAACCACAAAGAAGUUAAAAACCGAAAAAAUGAAAAAAUCCAGCAUUUAAAUGAAAUCACCUAUGACUUUCUCCCUCUCAUUAUUCUAUUCUCUCUCUCUCUCUCUCUCUCACUCACUGUUUUCUAUAUGUUGUGAAAGAGCAAAAAGCCUAGCUUUCUCUUUCACCAAGCAAUUCAUUUAAUUUGUAUCCUCUUUGACACCCCCUUUUUUCUUAUAUAAUAUAUUUUUAAUUGACUUUUGCAAUAUUUAUGUCAUCACAAAGAAAAUGUUUUAAA